AUGGGGGACUUCUUGAGGGGAUACAAGUUCUGGGAGGCUGACACGGUAAGGAAUCUUCCCUUCUGUCGGCUCUUUGUCAGACGCCCCAGCAUUGCUCAGAGGCAGGAGUAUCAGGAUGAGCUACGUCCAAGUGAGUGUCCUGCUGACUAUGCCAACGUCAGGGGGCAAGACUCCCUGUUCCCUCAAGGUCCAUCUAGCUGGACCAAGCGAGCCGACCGCCUGGGAGCCUUAGCUAAGCCGCCUCACGGCCGGCUGAGGGCUGCUUCUGGCCACGGGAGUUUCGCACUUGAGCGAUGGGCCCUCCUGGGGUCUCCGGAGCGCCGGGGACGCAGCCACUCCCACGCCGACGGAGGGAGGGCGCCUUUUUCCAGACACCUGGCGCUGCCGCUGCUGCUGCUGCCGCUGCUGCCCGCGCCCCGCGCCGCCGCCCGGGCCCCGCGCUUCGACCCCACCUGGAAGUCCCUGGAUGCCCGCCCGCUGCCCGCCUGGUUCGACCAGGCCAAGUUCGGCAUCUUCGUCCACUGGGGGGUGUUCUCCGUGCCCAGUUUCGGGAGCGAGUGGUUCUGGUGGUAUUGGCAAGAGAAAAAGAUACCAGCGUAUGUGAAGUUUAUGGAAAAUAAUUACCCUCCUAAUUUCAAAUAUGAGGAUUUUGGACCACUAUUUACAGCCCAGCUUUUUAAUGCGAGCCACUGGGCAGAUGUUUUUCAGGCUUCUGGUGCCAAAUACACUGUCUUAACUUCCAAACAUCAUGAAGGCUUUGCCCUGUGGGGCUCAAAGUAUUCAUGGAACUGGAAUGCGGUAGAUGUGGGGCCAAAGAGGGACCUUGUCAAGGAGCUUGAGGCAGCCAUUAGGAACAGGACUGGCCUUCGCUUUGGACUGUACUAUUCCCUCUUUGAAUGGUUUCAUCCACUCUUCCUUGAGGAUAAGUCCAGGUCAUUCCAUCAGCAACAGUUUCCAGUUUCUAAGACGCUGCCAGAGCUCUACGAGCUGGUGAACAAGUAUCGGCCGGAGGUCCUGUGGUCGGAUGGUGACGGAGAUGCCCCUGAUGACUACUGGAACAGCACGGUCUUCCUAGCCUGGCUGUAUAACCAAAGCCCCGUUCGGGCCACGGUUGUCACCAAUGACCGCUGGGGACUUGGUACCAUCUGUAAGCAUGGAGGUUAUUAUACCUGUGAUGAUCGUUAUCACCCAGGACAUCUUCUGCCCCAUAAGUGGGAAAACUGCAUGACAAUAGACAGGCUCUCCUGGGGUCACAGGAGAGAUGCCGGACUCAGUGACUAUCUUACAAUCGAAGAACUGGUGAAGGAACUUGUAGAAACAGUUUCAUGUGGAGGAAAUCUUUUAAUGAAUAUUGGGCCCACACACGAUGGCACAAUUCCUGUAAUUUUUGAGGAGCGAUUGAGGCAAAUGGGGGCCUGGCUAAAGGUCAAUGGAGAGGCUAUUUAUGAAACCCACCCUUGGAGGUCCCAGAGGGAUGUCACCCCAGACGUGUGGUACACAUCCAAACCUAAACAGAAAUUGGUCUAUGCCAUAUAUCUUAAAUGGCCGACAUCAAGACAUCUGUUUCUUGGCCAACCCAUCGCUACUCUGGGGGCAACAGAGAUUAAACUACUGGGACAUGGACAGCCACUUAACUGGACUUCUUUGAAGCCAAACGGCAUACUGGUAGAACUGCCACAUCUCACCUUUGAUCAGAUGCCCUGUAAAUGGGGCUGGACUCUAGCAUUAACUAAUGUGAUCUAAUUUGCAGCAGAGUGGUUGAUGCAGCAGGUACAUUGAAGACUAGAGAAUAUCAGGUUUCCAUAAUUGUAGCACAUAGAGAAAGAAAAUGGAAAAUCGGCCAAGGACAGUCAAGUAUUUAGGGAAUUCAGCCUUUUCCCCUCUUACUCCUUAUGUUUUUUUCUCCUACACUACCCAUGUAAUUGUUUUAUGUCUCCAGUGAACUUUGCCAUUGAAGUCUCUUCAAAUAAAUUCCAUGUGUGAUUAA